GUCGGUCCCUCGCGUUUCCCUGCGAGCGCUGGUGUGGGCAGGGGCCGGGGCGCGGCUCGGGCGGCCCCCCUCCAUCCUCCUUGACUUCCUUCUGAGCUCUGAGCCACAGGUUCCCGUGGCUCGCCUUGUGCUGCCCGAUUAUUGUAAUUGCAUCAUUAUUAUUACCAUUAUUAUUUUCGGUUUGCCCAGAAUUUUAUUGUGCUGGAUUUUUUCUGUUCGUCUGCAGUCUGUAUUGUUUCUCUCCGUGUCUUUUGCAGGGCGCAGUGCACAUGUGGCGAGAGCUCAGGGCGGGAGACUGGAGACUUGUGAUCCCCGCCCUGCACGCUUAUUAUAAUUCUCUGCCUCCUUUUGGGUACCUGUGACCUGCUCCGUGUUUUCCCCUCUGGGUCCCUGGGUGGUGCAAAGGGAGAGAGAGGUUGGAGGUUCGAGUCCACCUAAAGGCGCCUCGGAAGAAAGGUCUGGAGAUCUACUUCCCCUAAAGCAACCAUUGAAAACCCUAUGGAACAUGAGACUAUGUGGGCAGCUCCUGUCUGGGGAAGAGAUGAGAGGGCAGAGGGCUCAGAAGCUGGCCGAAUGGACACAAAAACAGAGAGUGAAGGGAAGAAGUGUGCUGUCUCAUUAAGGAGAGAGCAAUUAGGAGUAUAUAGCGAGGUGUAUGUAAGUUUUUGUAUGAGAGACUGACUUGGCUUGUAAACUUUCACUUAAAGCACAAUAAAAAUUUAAAAAAACAAAAUCCUGUGGCACACAGUUCUCUGACACACAUGGGGUCACCAUGAGUCAAAACUUGAUGAGACAGUAGCUGGUAUCUGGUUUCCCUAUCGGUUAACUGUGCUGUGGUGGUGGUGGAGGUUGUCAUCUGCUGCAGAGAUUAGUUGGGCAUUGCAGGGGAUUAAGGUCAGAUGUGAAAGUAUCUUAUUGUUGUAAACUUUUUGUUGCAAAGGGGCUGCUUUGUUCAGGAGACAUUUACUGAGCACAUUUAUAGUGCGGGGUUGUGGCAGUACCAAGAAAAUAGGUCCUGCUCUGCCUGCCAGGAGUUACAGACACUGGUCUGCAGCCCGGGAGCCUGGCGCUGUCACCCAGUGGGAGUGGUGAGAUGGACACUGUCAAUGUCUUUUGCAAAGGAAUGCCAAGUUCACAUUGCAUUUACAUUGUUAUUAUUUUAAAAGAGGGCUCUCUUUUUUCCUGUUCAAAGAAAACUAGGUGGAAGAGAAUCCAGGUGCCCUAGAGUCCUUGGCCUAGCUUGAGACUUCGUUAGUGAUCACAUGUCUGGGAUAGUAGGAAUUGGGGGGCAGAAAGGGUGCCUGCUUCCUGUUGGCUGUUCCCAGGACAGCAAAAUGAUUUUUGUGAAUAUAAGUUCUUCUCUGUUUCUUCUGAAAGGCUGGGCUAGCUUUUGUGUGAGUGUAGUAAGACCUACAGGAAGUGAAAGGCCUCUUGGCAAUGCAUCUGUCCCAGCAGGCACGGAUGUUCCUGGUAAUGUUGUCACACUCAGUGGAAAUCAGCUGAGCUCCCAGGCUCGUGUUUGAUGCCCGGGACCGCUGUGGAAGUCUUCGUGGAUGGUUGUUUACGCCUCUCCCGGCAGCCCGGCAGGCGUGGGCUGUGCAUGAUUCAGUGCUUGGCACACACGGCACUUAUUUGAGCGUGUGUGGAGGGAAUUCAUUUACUUUUGUUCAUUCAUGAACUGUUAGAGUGCCUGCUAUCGAUAGACACUGUUCUGGGUGUGGGAUUCACAGGAGAUAAGGUGGAAUAUUCCUUUCUGAAGGAGCCCUGGUGGUACAGCGGUUAAGUGCUCAGCUGGUAACUGAAAAAUUGGCAGUUCAAACCCACCCAGUAGCUCCAUAGGACAAAGACGUGGAAGUGUGCUCCCAUAAAGAUUACAACCGAUGGGGCAUUUCUUCCGUCACGUGGGGUCUCUGUGAGUCAUAAUUGACUCAACAGCAGCCAGCAACAACACAACAACAUCCCUCUCUGAUCGAGCUUACGUGUCUGCGCCGUCACCGAGAGACCAAACACAGGAGCUAGACCAAUUCUUCUCAAACCUGAGCAUGCCUCAGGAACCGCCUGGAGAACGUGUUCAAACUUAAAUUCCUGGGCUCGCUCCCAGAGCGUCUGAUUCAGAACGUUGGGGGAACUUUCUGGAAUUUGUGUUUCUAACAAGCUCCAGGGGUGCCGCUGCUGCUGGUCCAUGGCUGUGCUUUCUGCAGGGCGGAUGUAUUGUAUCUAGCAGGAGGGCCGCAGAGAAAGUAGAGUGACAGUGUGAUUGAGUGGGGAGCGAUUGAGAUUGGUGUCAGGGAAGGCGCUCUGAGGAGUGGGUCUCUGGGCCAGGACCUGCAUGCCGGGAAGGGGCAGAUCUGCUGGAAGAGCAGAGCCUGACAGGACAUGGCUGGUGGGUGUAAGGAGCCGAACAAAGGCCAGGGCUCGAGAGGGGUGGCGGUGGAGAGGAUGGUGGGUGACAAGGCCCGAGAAGUGUUGGGGACCAGACCACGCAGGGCUGGCCUUGUAGGUUGUGGUGGACUGCUGCUUUUUCCCAAGAGCAGUGGGAAGCUCCUGGAGGGUUUUGAGCAGAGUGACAUGAUUUGGUUUUUGUGUUUAUAAAGAUCAGUCUGCUCCCGGGGAGAGCGUGUAGCAGUGGGGCGAGGAUGGCAGCAGGGAAGCCAGUUGGGACUGCUACAUCGUACAGGAGAGUAGGAGGGGGCGCUGGACGAGGUGGCAGCAGGGAAGCUUGGAGAGACAUGGGUGGCUUUGGAAUCUUCUGGAUUUGCUGCUGGAUUGAAUUAACGGUCACUUCUUCCUCAGGGCCAUGGUUGAUGUUCGUUCUGUCGUGAAAGUGCUUUGCCACCGAUGCUUCAUCUUGCUGAAUGUGUCUCAUCCCUCCCCUUGGUCUGGGCUGUCCUGUGGAGGACCUUGUCUGCCUCUGUGUCGGCUCUGUCGUCCUGCUGCAGGCCUGACACGGAGCGGCUGUCGGGCGAUGAGAGAGAGGAUGGAAAGCUAGAAUGCCAAGGGCCCGGACUCCUAGGGCUGUCCAUGUGCAAAGUUGUUCUCAGGUUGUGAAAGUGCUCAGCUACUAACUGAAAGGUUGGCUGUUCAAAUCCUCCCAGAAGUGCCUUGGAAAAAAGGCCUGGUGAGCUACUUCCAAAAAAUCAGCCACUGAAAACCCUACGGAGCACGGUUCCACUCUGACACACAUGGGGUCACCGUGAAUAGGCGUCGACUCAAUAACUGAUUUUUUUUUUUUUUCCUUAACCCACUUGCCCAGGAGUGGGACCCAGGUUGUGUUCUGAAAAUCACCAACAACUGUCAGGGUUCGGAGUGCCUUUUUGUGGCUGACGUACCUCAGCAGGGAACAGCCCCAGAGCCCAGUGACGGUCUCCAGCCGUGCUGAGCGCGAUGGUGACUGCAGCAGUGGUUCUCUGCGUUAGGUUUUUAUGAUGCUCCGUGGCGAAGGUGGCUGGCCAGGUGGCUCCCCCUUCAGAGGCGUGCAUCACGUGAGCUGGCAGAGAUGCAACACGUCAGGUUCAUUAAGCAGGACUCUUGACUUCACUUUUUUUUUUUUCUUCUGUUUUAAGAGGAAGUGACAAUAAAGCAAUCUGAUAUCAGGUAUUUAUUUAUUUUAAGAAAAGGGUGUGGUAUUUCCUCAUCCGUUAAGUAGGGUUGGGAAGAGUCAGCCCAGUCUUCUAAACUGUGGGAUUGGCCUCAGUAUCUUCACCUAUCUCAAGCCCCUUUGCUGUUCCUGGCGGUGACUGAGUGCUAGGGUACAGAGAUCAGUCACCCUACUCCCCCGUGACAUGGGAGACGGUGUGACCCUGGGAGGGAGGCAGGGUAGGUGGCCAACAGGUUGCAGUCUCUACUCUGCUUGUCCCUAUCUGAGCCCCACUGUCCUCAUCUGUAAAAUAGGGAGACUCCCGCCCAUGGCAUCACGGGAGCUUUCAAGAAUGAAGUACAUGAACUGCCCACCCAGUGCCUGAUGCUUCCUAGUGUGUAAUUGCUGGUGGUUGUGUGCCCUUUGAGUUAACUCUGACUCAGAGCGACCCCACGUGUUAGCUACUGCUUUUAGUGAUAAACCCCAAACCAAACCAAGCCCCUUGCCAUGAAGUUGGCCUUGACUCAUAGCGACCCUGUAGGACAGAGCAGAAUGGCCCCGUAGGGUUUCUAAGGCCGUAAUCUCUACAGAAGCAGACUGCCACAUCUUUGUCCCGUUAGUUGGCGAUAAAAUCAGUCUGUCGUUACCUGCUCUGUGAGGGCGAGGGCGGGCUGUGUCAGUUGUAAGUAGGGCUGGGAUGGGAGGAGCGUGUGGAGUUGAGUCGGGGAAGGCUUCGACGUAAAGCUCUCUGCCUGCUCUGCGUGUGUCGAAACCAGUUCGCUUUCCUGAGCGCCCGCUGUGUGCCAGGCCCUGUGUCCUUGCACUGUAGCCCAGCAGCCCUGUGAAGGAGCUGCUGCCCCCCUGUUUUGUUAAACGGGGGCUGCCGAGGUGCCGGGAGAAUUUGCCAGAGUCCACGGCUCAGACACGUCAGGCUGCAAGUGAUCGAGCGUUCAGGGUUCAGGUGUGGAUGGAGCUCUGCCCAAGGCCGCCUUGUCAUUGGUUCUGGAUGGUGGUUUCCACGCUGGCUUGACUGUUUCUGUAGCGGGGGAGGCGGCCUUAGUGUAUUUCUUCCUUCCUUUUUUUUAAGCCAGAAAUAGCUACAUGUCUUUUCACUCAGCAUUUUACAUGUGCCCUGUCUCCCACAGAGGUAUUUAAAACUCUUUACGAGAGUGCGUUUCUCAGUCUUCUCUCCCCCGUGUUUAGCUUCUGCGAAGGCCUUAUAACAUCUCGGGGCAGUCACUGUUGAAGGUGAAGAGUUGUGUUCCCAGGCCUGACCUUGUGACUUGUCCAGCCCUCCCUUGUUCAGCGAAUGACCCUGGUGUGCCUCUCAUGUCACUGGGGCCGAGUGCUGGGGAGAAUGGGCUGGGCGAGGUAGGCUUGAGCUUUGAGGGUGAUGUCCCACUUUAAUCUAGAAGAAAUCACUGGAAUGAGAGGGACUCUGAUGGGUUGAGAGUCCUCAUCCUCACACGUUUUAUAGAGGGAGUAUAUGCACACAGAGAACUCAAGCAAGUGUUUACAGCAAUGACCAAAAAAAAAAAAAAAGCAGCUGCUGAGGCUGCUUAUGUAUAAUCAGAACCCUCCUGGGAUUUGGUUCCUUGGUUUGGAGGUUUAGGGUCAUGGUUUCGUGGACAUUCCAUGUGAUUUGCCUACUAACGUGUACAGUGCUCCUGUUCUACCGCCUAGUUCAUUGCGUAGUACCUGGGGUCUUAAAGGCUUGCAACUGGCCAUCCAAGGCGUGACAGUUGGCAUCUGCGCACCUGGAGCAGCAGGAAAAAGGGGAGUCAGGGAUAAGAAGAGGGACUGGAACGUGUGGGUAAAUGCCUCCAUGUACAGCUGCCCCCUUUGUCGUGAGACCACAGCUGGAUGGUGCCUGGCUAUCAUUACUGAACACUUUGAUCAGAGUCUAUGGAAGAAUCCUGAUCAAAGGGGCGGAAGUGCAGAACAGAAUUUCAGAUUCUUGUGGACUCCAGACUUCCUGGAGCCAAGGAGGCUGGAUGAACCCCUGAAACUAUUGUUCUGAGAUAAUCUUUAAAACUUACACCAGAAAUACUCCCUGGAGCCUUCUUAUACACCAAACAAUAGUGUGGCUUAAGUAGUAAAAAAAACAUCUGCCUUGAGCAUUAUACUCUUUUAAGAAGUAUCCACAUGGGAUCAAAGUGACAAUAACGUGGAAGGAUAGGAAGCUUAGGGGGCAAUGAGUUGAUGCUAACUGGGGAGGAACAGCUCAGAAAGGGAGGGUGAGAACGGUUGAUAACUGGAAGAGGGUGAUCCGUGUCACUGAAUGGUACCUGUAGAAACGGUUGGGUCAGUGUAUGUUCUGCUGUAUGUUUUCUCAACAACAACAAAAUUAAAAAAAAGCACAUGCGAGGUCGGAGGUUCUGAGCACCAGCAGAGAUGCUGGUGGGGCUGUAGACAGAGGGCUUAGUGGAGGGGAGCAGGCCCUUCAGCCAGCCUGUUAGUGCACCUCUGUGCAGUGCUGAUGAACUGAGCCCGUGUGAUUGACAGGAUGCUCUAGGCGGAGAGAACAGGAGGCCAAGGCUCGGGGGCGGGAAGGGCCCCCGCCUGUGAGUGGAGCUUCGCUGCAGGAAGGGGGCAUGAAAUGAAGGGGCAAGAUGACAGCUGGGGCCCCUAAGUUGCGUAAUGUUGUCACAAGAGAAUGUUCUGAGAGUUUCGGGUGUGCACUUGUUAAACGGAAGGCGGCAUCCACUGAACAUCCCGGUCACUCGCAGUUUUGGUGUAUUUGUAAAACGGCCAGAGUGUCUGAUUCUGUGCUGUGUACGCUUCAUCUGGGGAUUAAUUUUAUUUUAGGUAAGAAGCAGAGGCAAGAGUCAGUGAAGCUGAAGAGAAGUUGGGCGUUCCUGUUGGCUCCAUAAGUACUGAUGGAUUAUGGCAGGAAAAGUCAAGUGGGUCACUGAUAUCGAGAAGUCGGUGCUGAUAAAUAACUUCGAAAAGAGAGGAUGGAUCCAAGUGACAGAAAACGAGGAUUGGAAUUUUUACUGGAUGAGCGUGCAAACAAUCCGAAAUGUUUUUAGUGUCGAAACCGGGUAUCGGCUCUCAGAUGACCAAAUAGUCAACCACUUUCCGAACCACUAUGAGCUGACCCGGAAGGAUCUGAUGGUGAAGAACAUCAAAAGAUACAGAAAGGAGCUGGAGAAGGAAGGGAGCCCUCUGGCCGAGAAAGACGAAAAUGGAAAAUACCUUUAUCUGGACUUUGUCCCGGUCACCUACAUGCUGCCAGCCGACUACAACCUGUUUGUCGAGGAGUUCAGGAAAAGCCCCUCCAGCACCUGGAUCAUGAAGCCUUGCGGCAAAGCCCAAGGAAAAGGCAUCUUCCUCAUUAACAAGCUCUCGCAGAUCAAAAAGUGGUCCCGGGACAGCAAGACAUCCUCGUUUGUGUCCCAGUCUUCUAAAGAAGCCUACGUGAUCUCUCUCUAUAUCAGCAACCCGCUGCUAAUUGGCGGGAGGAAAUUUGACCUGCGCUUGUAUGUCCUGGUGUCCACGUACCGGCCCCUGCGCUGUUACAUGUACAAGCUUGGAUUUUGUCGAUUUUGCACAGUCAAAUACACCCCGAGCACCAGUGAGCUGGAUAACAUGUUUGUUCAUCUCACCAACGUGGCCAUUCAGAAACACGGAGACGACUACAAUCACAUCCACGGCGGCAAGUGGACCGUGAGCAACCUGCGGCUCUACCUGGAGAGCACCCGCGGCAAGGAGGUCACCAGCAAGCUGUUUGAUGAGAUCCACUGGAUCAUCGUGCAGUCCCUGAAGGCCGUGGCGCCGGUGAUGAACAAUGACAAGCACUGCUUCGAGUGCUACGGCUACGACAUCAUCAUCGACGACAGGCUGAAGCCCUGGCUGAUCGAGGUGAACGCCUCCCCAUCUCUCACCUCCAGCACUGCCAACGACCGAAUCCUGAAGUAUAACUUGAUUAACGACACUCUCAAUAUUGCUGUCCCUAAUGGAGAAAUUCCAGACUGCAAAUGGAACAAGUCACCCCCGAAAGAAGUCCUUGGCAAUUAUGAAAUUUUGUACGACGAGGAGCUGGCCCAGGGGGAUGGGGCUGACCGGGAGCUGAGAAGCCGUCCGGGCCAGUCUCUGGGGCCCAAAGGCAGCCGGUCGAGGGACUCAGGGAGAACUGGCCUCACAACCUGGAAGUAAUGGCCAGCGAGCGAGAAGCAUCCAGACUCUGACUGGGCCUGUCAGGACUCGCUGCCUGCCUGGGCCUGGAGAAAGACUUACUUUGAAGAUUUCCUUUUUCUAUAGCUUUUCUCCUUUCCUAAGCACUGUAUCGAUAGCACUUUUUUUUUUUUUUGUAAUAAAGGCACUUGUCCAGAAGGCUGAGGAGUAGAUCUCGUCAGGGCUGAAAGCGCUAAUACACACGAACUGAUGAAAUUUGCUUGUUCAACAGAAAGUGACAGCUUUUGCCCGUGACUUAGUUUAUUCUAAGGUGUUCACAUUUUUAAAAACUUGCUCUAAAUUAAAAGCAAAUUAAAGACAAAAUCUUUGAGUAUCUUCAAGAGCGAUGUUGCUGCCAGAAAGCGAUGGAUUUAAUCCGACAGCUAUCCUGGUUCCAUUCCUUUUGUACUUGACUAUGGUUUUGAAGAAAAUAGGCAGCUAGACAUUUUCCUCAGUAAUCUGUCUUUCCAAAGACUUCCAGAAAGGACCUGUUUCUGUCACCUGUGCUUCGUAUAUGAGUCCGUCACGGGUUGAAACAUGAGCACGGUUUCCUCUGUGCGUCUGGCAGUGACGUCCAGCAUCCGGGUUCUCUGCAGGCUCCGAGGUAAGCAUGGUCGGCGGACGUCGGCGCGGAGACACUGCACGACGCACUGUGCUGACACGAGGCCAUCCUGGACACCAGCGCCUCCCAGAAAAACACGGAAUCUGAGUUGUAGGUCAGAGUGGUUGAUGCGUCCGCUAACCCUGGGGUGGCAGUGUUAGUACCGGCCUGCCUUGCGUUCACGUCCGACACUUGUUGACUGACGCUCUAGAUUCACUGCUUUGAACUUCUCUUUAAAACGCUCCCCUGAGUUUUUGUUACGACGUCCCUAACAGAAUUUUGUUCUCACAGCACUUCGCUGAGUGUGUUCUUCAGACAGAGGUCUUUACCUGCCCCUUGGUCCCGCUGUCUGUGCACCUAUGUGCGAACAUGUGUCACGUGUCCUUGUUACCUGUCGCCUGUGUGCGUGUGCACGCGAUGUAUCUUUAACGAUGUUUCACUGCCAGGGGAAAAGCCCUUUCAAAUGGAUGUGGUACGAUUUCAAGUGCAACGAGAAGCAUAAUACAAAUGGUAUUUAGCCAGAAUCCAAAUAAACUGCAGUGUCGGGGGAUUUGCCUGCUGUGUUCGCUUGAAACCUGAAGUUGUUUCAACUUCAUGAACUGGUUUGUAUGCGCGUUCCUUGGUGUUUAGAUUCAAUGUUUAAAAAAAAACUACAACCUUAAUAAUCAUGUCAGUCUCUGGGUUAGCCGGGUUUGGGUCCCGCCUCGGCCACUUACUAACUCUGUUGUCAAGGCUGACACGUCGGCUCUUGGGACCUUUGUUUCUUCGUGUAUAAAAUGGGCAUUAAUUAUAUUUGCCUGAGAACUAACAAGUGCCGAAGCAGACAGCCGGCUUGCCCGGCUCUCUCUUAUUCCACUCGGAGCUCCUUCCUGUCCCAAGACGGGGUGUAAUCUGUGGGGCGGGUGGCUCCACCCUCCCUCCUUGCCAGGGACAGCCAUCAGCGACCAUCUGGAGUCUCCUAAGCCCACAGUCGUGGAAGGCCUCCCUUCGCCACCCUUCCCCGUUCACCAGUCCUCACAGGCCAGCUUCUCCCCUGAGCUGCAUUGUUGCCUCUCUGUAGGUCUGGGGAGAGAGUGGAGCCUGUGGAGCGGAAGCUCGACCUGUGAGAACUGAGGGGCGCCCAGUCAUGUUGGACAAGCAGACUUGUUAGUUUGCUGGCGACUGGGUUGCUAGAGUCUCUGCUAAAUAGAUUUUGGUCACAUAGUGACCGUUACACGAGUAAUGUCAUGUUCUGGGACAGAUAUUUCCUCUCAGCACUUCCAGAACACACAUGGGCAAGGUGUGCGCAGCCUUCGGGGCGGCCUGGGAGGUGCUGGGUGGAAGCAGCACUGGCCUUGCUGUGACAAUUCUGUGCUCUCUUCAGGCCCCAUGGUUUUUUCCUCUUGACGGGUUGGGCUCCAAGGUCUGACGAUUGCAGCUUUGGAUAAUUUUCACAUGCAUCUAUAACCACUAUCCAUUCCUUAACAGGAGCUCUAAAAAAAAAGAACCAAACCAGCUGGCAUCGAAUCCAUUCCAACUCAUAGAGACCCUAUAAGACAGAGUAGAACUGCCCCAUGGGGUUUCCAAGGAGCGGCUGGUGGAUUAGAACUGCCGACCUUUUGUUUAGCAGCUGAGCUCUUAACCUCUGCACCACCAGGGCUGCAACGGGAGCUCAGUGCCCCCCAGUUCACGAUGAUUUAUUUUCCCGGUACCUGCCUGUUCCCACAGGGGCUGCUCCUGCUCAGUGAGGCGCUCAAGUAAGAACUGAGGGCAUCUCCCUAUGUGCUUGCCCCCCGCAGUGGUCCCCAAGCCUGAUGACUGUCUUCUCACUCUGUCUCGUGUUCUCCAGACCAGCCUUCAGACUUUGACGAGGCCCCCCCCACCCCAUCUCCCUCCUGGUUGUUGCUGGAGCCCCUGACCAGUCUCAGCCCAUCCAAUCGUGGCCCCACCCUUGGCCAACAGGAGUUUUCUAACCUGUGGGCACUCCGCCCCUACACAUGGUGGUUCUUCACCCACUUUACACGCCUCAGGUCCUUCGGAGAGUUCUAGAGGCCCUCUGGGCCUGGGCUGCAAACUGCCCUGCUCGCCAGCUCCCUCCAUUCCCCCUGCUCUGUACACAUGGUGUCUACCAGCCCCCCACUCACCUGACUCUGCCUGGGUCCUCCUUCCCCAGGAGACCGGCAAACCCACCCCCGCCAGGCCCCAGUUCCUGUUCUGCUUCCUUUUGCAGCAGCUGAGGUGCCACCUCCCAACCCCCUGCCCUUGUCUCCCUAGUACCAGGCCAUGAGGCCACCAGCCCGCUGUGGUCCAGGAGGUGAGUGUCCGCCGUAGGGACCCUGGCUGGCUCAUCUCUGAGCUCGGUGCUUGGGGCUGCUUAGUGACAGGGAACUUGUGCAGCAUAGGAAGACAAUAUAUUUUUAUGUCUUUUCUAACUUGUCCUGGCUGGAACCGUAUUGUACCUAAUAUGCUUUGAAGUUAAAAAUAGCAUCGUCAUACUUUUGUUCCCAGGGCGCUCAGUGUGCUCCUUGGGAGACAGUGUGUCUACACUGUCCAGCUCAUGCCUACUCCUCCCAUGGCUACCAGGUGUCUGUUAGCCAGGACACAGCCCUGAGGACUAUAGUGUCCCCUGUGGGAGCCUCGGGCUGCCCCUGUCUACCUCCUGGUCCUACUAUUUUUUCUUUUUCAGGUUUAGCUCACUGUUAAUAGUUGCAGUCGCGUCAACUCCGAUUCGUGACAAACUCGUGUGUCAGAAUAGAAUUGUGGUCUGUGGGGUUUUUUCCGUUGUCACUGUUGAGAGUAUACACAGCAAAACAGACACCAACCAGUUCAACCGUUGCUACGUGUAUAAUUUAGUGACGUUGAUUACAUUCUUCAAGUUGUGCAACCAUUCUCACCCUCCUUUUCUGAGUUGUUCCUUCUUCGUUAGCAUGAACUCCCUGCCCCCUAAGGUUCCCAUCUAAUCGUUCGGGUUGCUGUUGUCAGUUUGAGCCCAUAGAAAUGAUCAUUCCUAAAAGAGCACAGUGCUCGAGGCAGAUAUCCUUUACUAGUCAGGCUAAACUAGUGUUCAGUUGUAAGAUGACUUCAGGGUCCGUAGGGUUUUCAGUGGCUGCCUUUCUGGAGUAGAACACCAGGCCUGUCUUCGGAUGUGCCUCUGGGCGAACUUGAACCUCUGAGCAUAUUAACCAUUUGCACCCCCCAGGGACUCCUAACUCAUUUUGCUUUCCUUAGAUAAAAAUGCUUCGUGUCAGCCCCAGUCAGGGCUGUUCUCUGUGUGGAGCCUCGGGAUGGGUCUUGACAAGACAGUUGAUGAAUUCCUGGCAGGGACGCUUAGUGAGCAAAGUCUCCUUCCAGAAGUCAGGGUUGAGGAGGCCGUAGCAUGGAUGUGGCAUCAAAGGAGGCCUUGGCAGAGUUGCCUAUGGUGGUUGUGCAGCCCCCGGCCAAGGUCCCAGGCCCAAGUGCCGGCCAUCAGCAGCAGCUUCUUGGGCACAGGGGCCUGGGAUGCCAUACUCUGGGGAGCCCCAGGGUGCCAGUUCCCAGCUGCAGUGUCAGGACCGGGUGGGGUUUGCCACCCUUGUUCCUGGUAGCCCUGUUGCAGGGAGGCUGGGAGCUUGGCCUCAGGAUGGUGGGCCCAUGGAUGGCAGCAGCUACUUCUUUAGUGCACUUGAGCCCCAACCAGCAAGGUUGCGUAGUCCCUGGUGGCAAUGGGAGCUUUGAACAUGGCUCCCACCACUGGGCCCAGCCCUGCAUCAUCUUCGGAACCUCAGCCUUGAGGGAUGGCAGUAUCUGAGACCCCUUGGUGGGUGAGGAGAAGGGAGAACUCUCCAGAGAGUCAGUCUCCAUGUCCUUGACUGAUGGCCCCGCUUGGUGGCAGACACCCAAGCCUCAGCCUGACCAACCAUGCUCUGAAAGCUUCUGCGGUUCUGGGGCCUGGCCCAGGGUGUUACCCUCAUACCCAAGUGUCCUGCCCAGUUAGGUGCUUUGGAGAAAGCCGAGUUUUCCAAAGCAUAUUAGUAAUAUGAAUGCCGUCCAUAACUAUAACUGGUGAUAUAGGCUGUGGGUGGCUCCUUUGCCUGGCAGUGACAGUCGAGGCGAGGUGGGCCCGCAGCUGGUGCACGCCGACAUGCUGGGGUCCCUGGCCAUUCUCACUGCUGCCUCCCCACGCCUCUUUGUUGGAGUGUUUGGGUGGCAUGUGCUGUAGCGUCCCAAUUUCCGGUGGUGACUUCGUUCCCUAGGGCUGCCUGAACAAAGUACCAUGAAGUGGGUGGCUUAAAGCAACAGAAAUUUAUUCUCUCAGUCUGGAGGCUGUAAAGCUGAAGUCAAGGUGUCCCUGGGGCCCUGCUAUCUCUGAAGGC